UGUUCUUGCUUGGUGCGAGGUGCUGGUCGUGCGCGCUGCCGAGGAAUGGCCACCGUCAGACGCGCCGUGUUCGUCUCUCUCUUCUGAAAUUGCUCUCGAGAAGGGUAAUGGAUGGGAUUUUUGCGAAUUGCGAAGAGAUUGGGUGGCAGUGUGAAGGCGCUGGCGAUCGAGUGAUAUGCCCAAGAGGAUGUUUUGUCAUGUGAAUCGUGUGUAGCGAGAUUGAUUUUCAUCGUCAGAACCUACGGUGUGUGAGAUAAACAUUAGAUGAAUGAUAUUUUGUAUCGAAUCGAAGGCCGAGAGAGAGAGGAAAAAGUGUUCUGUAGUGAAAAUGAACGUUGAUAGAGUGCUGUGUAUUUACACCCAUUCACACCGAUGCCCAGGGAGUGUUUAAACAGCGUAACUCCUCUUGUGUUGCAGGUACGCACAAGCUAAGCUGUCCCUCCACGUUUGAGAUGAAUACCACUACACAAGGGUGAUGAGGUCGAGCAGCGUUGAGGAGGUCGGGGGCCAUGGGCCGGGUGACCCCUGGGAGGUGUUCACGGCCCUGGCCAUCCUGGUGGUCGAGGGCAGGACAGCAGGUGGAGAACGAGGGUACCACGCUGGACCACACUGCCCUCUGCCACACCAGUUACAACACAAGCACUCAUGUGACCUAAAUGACCGUCUAUGCAUGCAAGCAGAUGCAUUGGUGCGGCAGCUGCGGGUGAUGUGGGGUGUGGGUGUGGGUGUGAGCCUAGAGGUGUUGGUUGCCCCCGAAUGCCAACAUGGAGCAGUUCUUGCCGCUACUCUGGACACUACUACCGCCCCCUCGCAGAACCUACGGCUGAUUGAGCAGUGGAACUUCACCAUCUAUGAUCGAAGGCUCACAGAGGCAACAGCAACUGGUUGGUCAUUGAUGGCUGCCGUCCGGUCCUUCCUGCACUUCUCGCAACUCUCAGCUUGGCUGAGUGUUUCAAGAGGCCGCAGACCCCCCAAUGUCCUAUAUCGCCUCACUGUUACAUCUCCAGUUUUUUGUUCCAAAUUCACAGAAGAAGCAGAAGAGCAUGUUUUCCCUUUGGCGUACAUGGGGCAAAACACGUCCAUUAAGGUGGCAGUGCGAUCUCUUCCUCGUAGUGAGAAGGUGCCUGUUGUCGUCUGCCAUGAGAACCACGAGGAAGAGGACCAGACGGAAGCACUGUCAACCGAAGGAUGUGUGUCCAAUUGCUCACAAAACAGCAAAGCAGAGAAUGGAAAAUGUGAGGAAGAUCUAAGGCGGAGCAUAAUGAAGGCCAGACUGGCAGAAAACACAAGAGUCAGAAGUGAGUCCCCAGACACCCAACUUGGCGAAUCUCUCCUGGACCCCCCAAACUCUCUCACCCGGUUCCCUCGCAGAUACCAGUCCCCUUCCCGGUCUGGUUCCCCAUCGCUUGAAACUCCAGAGCACCUGAUAUGCCGGCAACGCUCUCCAACAACACUCAACACACGGCCUCCAGAUCCAGCCAUAUCAGUUGCCCCAAAUCUGCCUUCUCACCCAUUUUCCUGGACUCAAGCCCGAUAUCCGAUGACACCCAUGGGCGUUCAUCAUCCUCACCUUGAUGUGUGCUCAGCCAAUCCAGAAGUCAUGCACCUCAAUCCAUAUGGAAUGGAUUAUGCGGGACCAUACCAGCAGUACAGGAGGCCACAGCUUUUAUACAAUCGUCCACAGAUGUGCUGGUCGCAGGUUCAACUGAUGCAGCAACAGCAGAAGCCUCACCUUCAUCCAAACCCACAACCACUAAGUCACAACCCAAGUUAUGUCCAGCAGCAGAAGCCUUCGUCCCGGGUGUCACCUCGAGGGGGAAAGUACCAGCAUUAUCCUGAGUACCAGAUGCAAGAUUUCUCAGAAUACCACAAGGUUUGUGAGGAAGAGAGGGAACUCCCCGGUGCAUACCAAGACCAGAGAAUGCAUGGGGAGUAUCCUGAGAGGGAUGCAUACUCAGGGAUUAGAAUGAGAGGGGAAUACCCUGAAGUUCCUUCUAAACCCUCUGCUUAUAACUGCAGUGAUCACAUAUCCGGGCGAGGAGAGGAUUACAGGCAGGCGUGGGAGUGCCAGAAAGAUCAGCAUGGUUGCAGAAAAGCCUCAGAUCCUGUUCCUAGUAGCAGGAGCAGCACACGGGUAAAGCAGAGCCAUUUGAUGUUAGAUGAACAGAUGAAGGGAAUUGAUAGUCUUUCAAAAGUCAUUGAUGAUCAGCUAAGGCCUUGCUGUUCACACACUGGUAAACAUCUCUGCACAAGCCUUGAAGAUUUAGCUGAUGCCUGUAGUAAAGAAGAACUCAAAAUGCAGCAAAUGCAUUCAAAGGAAUUAAAGCAAGAUCUUAAGAGCAGAAGAGAUGUUAGCCCAAGCCACUUGUUACAAGGCAAGUUUAACUUUGAGCUAACCCCAAAGGAGACCAUGGAAAUCCUUAGUGUCUUGCGGCAGCCAACCCCAGUACCACCACUUCGCAUGGAUCGGCAUCACAACCCUUCAGAAACUGAAUUCUCAAGAAGCUCCUCAGACUCCAAGAGUCUAAAGUCGUUCCCCAGUGAGAGAAAGUCUGAGAGCCAGAUCUGGGGAGAAAAAAGCAUGCCAGGCAUAUUCUCAAAAGAUGGGGAAAAGAGGACAAGGUACUACAAGGAAGGAAAGUGUGAGACCUCUCCCUGGCAUGAUAGGGAUGAGGUGAUAGAAUACAAGCUGGAGCGAGACAGCAGUGAUGAGGGGAGCUUGAAAUUGUGUCGAGAGGGACCAAAAACCUUGUCAUCUUUUGACCACAGUGGACGCAACAUCGAAAGGUGCCAUAAGGAGAAUUGGGCGAGAGGAAACAUGCAGAAGUUAGCCUCUAGUCCAGAGAAUCGGUUUCUUGAAGCCAUAGCUCGUAGUGGUGAAAAACAUUGUGAUAUUCCUAGUUGUAAGAAUUUAGUGGAUAGUUGUGAACCUUAUUGGACCAGAGUUAUUAAUGACAAAAGCAAAGAUAUAUGUGAUAAAAGAGGUGAGAAUAACGACAAUGAAAGUGUUACACAGUUGAAGGAAAAUGAAUGGAAAAACACAUCACAGAGCCCAUCAAUGUGCAUUGAGGCAAAGAAAGUCACACAGAAGACAAACUUUUUCACUGUAAAUAGUGAACCCACCAAAGCUAUCAACUGCCAGCCACAGAGGCAAACAUCCCAGACUUUGGUAAGAAGCCCUUUCAGUGCAAUUUUAUCCAGUAUCCAAAAAGAGUACAAUCAAGUCCAUGAAGAGGAACAGGUCCCAAAUAAGGAUGCAGGAAGGCCAACUUCAGAUUUUGAGGUUAAAGAGAAAGCAAAAAGGGCAUUAGACUUCGAAGACCUUAAAACUGAAGACCCAGUUCCAGUUACAAAAGCUGACAAGAUCCUCAAGAGAAACCGUCUAGCUUUCCCUCAAGAGGUAAAAGAUCAGUUGCCAAGUCAGGAAAAUGGUAACGUAGUGGAACGUGUGCGUGAGACAAGAGAGGGGUUCACAAAGAGCAGGAGUUUGCUGAAACACCUCAUGACCCAGGGUCGCCAACAUCCUCAGGACAAAUCUCGGGACAUCAAACAACCAAAUGAAGAGGGGCAGAGGGAAGACCUGCAGGACAAAGAGGCAAAGGAUGAAGCAGAAAAUGGUGAAACCCCAGAGACUAACGGGCAGGUGAAUGGCUACCACAGUCAGGAUGAGGACGAGGAGGUCAAGAAGCUGUGCAGUGGCAAGGGAGUCCCCAUUCCAUCCGCAAGCGAGAAGGCCCAGUUCCGGAGGUCGCUGGACUCUGCUACCAACAUGGUGUUUCACUGCAAGACGGGUCUUCCCCUCACCUCCUCUCCAGCCCCUCUGCGCAAGGGAAAGAGGUUCGACUACGACUCGUCUCUCACCAGUGUUGCAGCCAUUAAGAGAUCGACAUCGUUCCACUGCAGCGCGUUGUAUACCUGUGAUAGUGAAGAGGAAGAGGGCUACUCCCUUGACACCCUGGCCAACGACAAGCUUGGCAAUGCAGCAAAUAAGCCUGUGCAGCUCUCCACAUCGGCUCCAGCUACAGUCACGUGCUCAAACCUCCUGGGUAGCUUCGAAGAGUGUGUCCUGAAUGGCCGGCUCGAACCUGUCUCUACCGUGCAGGGCUUCACGGCAGAGAUCGCUGCGUCAGGGGCCUUCUGCCCCAAGCGAACCACCAAGCCUGUCACAGUCUUUUUCUACACCUUGUGUGAUAAUGAUCAGAUCUCAUCCCCUUAUAUGGGUCACAUCAACCUAGGCAAGAAGGGUUACCACGUGCCAAACAAAGGAACAGUCCAGGUGACGCUGUUCAAUCCCCAUGGGACCGUUGUGAAGAUGUUUGUGGUCAUGUAUGACCUGUCAGAUAUGCCGCCCAACUCUCGCACGUUUGUCCGUCAGCGCACCCUCAACAUGCCUGUUGGGGCCACUGAUUCCGAUCCCAAUGCUCAUCAGUGGCUUCGUUACCUCAUUCAUCUCAGGUUUGUCAGCUCCAAGUCUGGCAAGAUCUACCUCCACACUGAUAUACGCAUGUUAAUCUUCCGGAAGAGUGAUGCCGAUGCUGCCACCCUGCACAAAACGAGUGUCCCGUAUGAGUUACGUUCCUUCACUCACGGACCAACCAAUCCAAAAUUCUCACCCAGAAAGUAACACUCGAGAACAUUGUCGUGUCAUCAUGCAACUGCACUGCCUCUCCUCCUUUAUAGCGUUCAGAGAUCCUGCCAUCGUUCAGAAAAGGAAGUUUUUCUAUCAUAUAGGCAAAGAUAAUUCAUGUAAAAGAUUUAUAGAGUUGAGAAAACUUUAUGCCAGGAGUCAAAAUGAAAAUGAGAAGAGUUGAGAUUUAAUGUAAAAGAUUAUUUAAGAUUGAAGGAAAAGAGAUUAUGCAGACACAUGUUGGUAUUAAACUUUUCUGAAGGAAGGUAAAGGACAAAAGGAGGAACUGUUAAUAUAAGAUAUAGUUCUAACUUUACAUGUGAUUUGGUGCUCAGCCAAAGUAACAAUAUUUACAUUAUAUAUAAUGCUUCCAGCCUGAAACUAAGAACCUAUUCCACCCACACCCCUGUGUCAAUAUUUCUUGUGGAGUUUUGACUCCUGCAAAUUUGUUAACUCACCAUCCAUCAGCAUUAGAUGCAAUCUCCAUUCAAACCAUAUCAGAAGAUACAGAUCACAUAAUAUUUUAAAAAGUAAAGGAGAAAGAUUAAAGGGAAAGGAAGUUGUCAGUGUGAUUUAUGUCUAGUAUUAUACUUAAGAGUGUUGUAGAAGCAGAGGUGCAGCAGACACUCCCCUAUUGUCUGCUUUGUGAUAGAUGUUUCUAUUGAAAGCAAAUGCUGAUCUCAGUAUUGCCUGUGGGAUUCUAUAUAGAAUUUGUUAUUUUCUAUAGUUUCCUGUCUCGUGAUGCAGUAUUGAUUAUGUUUGAGUUUGUCUGUACUCUGAUUUUCAUUAUCAUUUGUGUUUAUUUACAGUUCAAAGGAUUUUUAUUCACUUGCAUGUGGCAGUGAACAUUAUUAGUCAUGUGCUUUUUACUGAUUUGGAAAUUAACUAUUAAUACAGGUAGUUGAGAUUUCCAUAAUAGC